CUUUCGGUCGCUUCCACUUUAUCAAGGGAAAAUACUAGAUAUUAAUGAAUUAACUCCCUUGUUGUGGCAGGUAAACAUUCCAGUUGAUGGGCCACCGAGUAGGGAAAACAAUUUUCACAGGUUGUGUCAGACAGUCUGCUGUUAGAUCAUUAAUUAAAUCAGACACCCCUGCAACUGCAAACGGACAUCAGUAUCAAGGUGCUGCCCAAACUCGCUCACCUACACACACCACCUUAAACCAACAACAUACUACACAUGUUAGAAACUUGAGUACAAAACAUUUCAUAAUGAGUGUACAUGUCAAAGCCAGAUGCAAGUUUUAUCCUCGCACAAAAGAUUCUGUUGAACGGUGUCCAGUUCCAGAUGACAAAGUGCCUUGGAACGUUGAUUUUCUUGAAUAUGCUCCAGUAGAUUUCACAAGUGAAUCUGUGCUUAAACAACCAGUCUGGGCAGAUCUACCAGAUCCAAGUGGAAUCACUUUCAACUGCAUAGAUAAAUCUUGCAAAGUGAACAGAAGAACUUAUGAGCCUCAGGGUGAAUAUGAAGUAAUUGACGGAUAUCCAAGAAAUCCUCGAGGUCGUACAGGGCUAACUGGUAGAGGAAGUCUGGGACGUUGGGGACCUAACCACGCCGCAGACCCAAUUGUAACAAGGUGGAAGAGGGAUGAAAACGAUGAAGUUGUUGUAGGAGACGAUGGUAAACCUAUUUUACAGUUUGUGGCUGUACAGAGACGGGACUGUGGCGAGUGGGCUUUACCAGGGGGUAUGGUGGAUCCAGAAGAAGAACGAACUGCUACCUUGAUACGAGAAUUUGGAGAAGAAGCACUGAAUUCUUUAGAAGCUACUGACGAGGGAAAAAUAAAAAUAAAAGAAACUUUGACCCAUUUCUUCAAAGAUGGAUUAAAGAUAUAUAAAGGCUAUGUAGAUGAUCCCCGUAACACAGAUAAUGCUUGGAUGGAGACAAAAGCAAUGAAUUUCCAUGAUGACGAUGGAACAGGGGUGGGAGCUUUUAAUUUACAUGCAGGAGAUGAUGCGGCAGAUGUGAAAUGGAAGGACAUUGAUAGCGGUCUUGAACUCUACGCAAGUCAUAUAGAUUUCAUCAGAGAUACUGCCAAAGAACGCAAUGCCCAUUGGGAGAAAUGUCAUGUAUGACCAUGAUAAAUAUAUCAAGUUCCAUUCAAUAAAAUCGGGUCAUACAACAAUAUUCCAUUUGAUAAGUCGAGACAUCAGCACGUUCUCUCGAUUGUCUUUAUGUUGUGACAUUUGAAAUAGCUUGCAAUAAUUGUCAAAUUGUUACAAAGAUAUUAUUACUACAAAAUUAGAAUUUAUAUAGCGGUAUUUAUAUGAGCCGCGCCGUGAGAAAACCAACAUAGUGGCUUUGCGACCAGCCUGGAUCCAGACCAGCCUGCGCAUCCGUGCAGUCUGGUCAGGAUCCAUGCUGUUCGCUUUCAAACCCUAUUGCAAUUAGAGAAACCAUUAGCGAACAGCACGGAUCCUGACCAGACUUCGCGGAUGCGCAGGCUGACCUGGAUCCAUGCUGGUCGCACAGCCAUCAUGUUGGUUUUCUCAUGGCACGGCUCAUAAUUAUUAUAUUCUGCAAUUUAGUUGGUAAAAGGUAUACAGACUAAUUUACUAUGAAAUCAUUAAGACAUGUAUUUGUACAUGUGGCAUCAAUUGAUGAAAUUGUAUAAAACAAAUAAUACUAGUAUUUAAUAACCUUUACCCUGCUAAGUUUCUAAAAUAACUUGUCCAACAUUCAAUCUGGGCAAAAUCACUUAUUAUUCAAAAAGGUGUUCACUGAAAAUGUUCUGACUGAAUAGCAAACAGUACAGACCAAUGAGACCAUGAGCAGCCUGCAGGGACUUGCACGCUGAUCUUGGUCUGCACUGGUUGCAAAGGCAAAAUAACUUGCCACCAGCGGGCUAAAGUAUCAGUUUACAAAUUCAUUUCCCCAUGAAAUAGCUGUUUUUUAGAAAAUUCAUGAAAUCUCAUGUCUCAGAAAUUAAAAGAUUUCUAUUGGUUUUCUAUUGCUCUUGUGACAGAUAGUGAUUUCAUAGUUAAAUUAUUUCAUUUCAAUUGGAGUACACCAAAAGUAAACAAAAUAAAUAAUGGUAAUAUCAUUUCUUUUUGCCAGAAAUUGAACGAUCCUGCAAUCAUAUGUGCAAAUACCUUUUAAGUCCAAUGGCUUAAUACUCAGAUACCUAUUUUACACUUUUUGCUAGAUAUUGCAUUCAGAUUGCUUGGAAGUAAUUUGCUUUUAUUUGAUAACAUUUGUAACAGACAGUUACUACACAUGCUACAAGUUUCAGGACUUUUUUUUUCCUUUCGUGUGUAACUUUUCUUAUAUAUAAUUUGUGUUUUAUUUAUCAAAAUCUCCACCAUAAUAUAUGCACACUAUACAUGUAACAGAAACAGUAAUAAUUACUGUUUCUGUUGCAUGCAUAGUACAGCUUGCAGGGCUAAAAAUUCUUCAAAAAUAUUACUUAGUCACAAAAUUUAUGCUUGUCAUAUUUUCAAGUGCACACCAAGGGUCCACCCCACCCCACUUUGAUUCUGCAUACUGAAAAAAGGGGAGGCAGGCCAGAAGAGAGUUAAAAAUUGGACUUUUUGUGACAGGGUAAGAGUGUUGAUGAAUGCCAUCACCGAAAGCUGAGCGCUUUAUUCUUGUAUCUCUCUGCAGGUUUAUUCAGUAUUAUCAUUUUAGUUUUUCUAGAUUUUAAUUUAUGCAUAGAUUAUGCCAAGCUUAUGUGGUUAUAGGCAACACAUUGACAACAGCUGACUAGCAGGUUCAAACUAGAUGUGUGUCCACAUGACAGUGGAGCCCCCACUUAAUGUCACUGUUCAGUUUUCAGUUUCUUGGUAACCCUGGAGACUUAGUAAACUUUCAUAUUACCUUGGGGAGGUUUGAAGAUACUAAAAGUUACCAUCAAAAGAAGUACAAGAUAAAAGAAACUGAAUGAGUAAAUAAAAAAAAUUUGGGGGUUUUGUGGAAGGGUUGGGGUAUAUCCAAAACAACACACCAGCUGCACAUUUUUUUAGACAUCUCCUACUUAAAUUUAGAUUCUCUGUGCAGGACGAUAGGGGGGAUGAAAUCCCAAAGAAAACCCCCAAGUACAUAACUUCACAUGCCAAAUAACAAUUCAUAUAAUGUUCGAUGACUCUAGGUCUUAACACUUUUUCUGACAUGCACAACACAUUAAUACAAGUGUCCCUGUCCCCACUCCCCAACUUCUGCACACAGAAAUUAACCAUUUUUUUUAGGAUAAAUCUUAAAUUACACCUUUCAAUUAUUGUUGUUGUGUUGUUUCAGUAUGUAUAUACAUGCAGUUAGUAUCUUAUCAAAUGCUAUAGUUUUUAUGUGUGUGCCAAAUGCCAACCAAACUGUCAGGUUGUCACAUAAAAAAGGAUCAUUAUGAAUCAUUUUAUGACAGAAUAGCACAUUAGUUUAAACACAGAAAUGAUAAAUGUAUAUUUAAUGAAUUUGCCAAAUAUAUGGAAAUUAAAUUAAAAUUGCAGUAUGGUCCUUUUUGAUGUGACCACCAUCUUAAUAUAUAUCCUUGCCAUUUCUCCAUAUUUAACAUCCAAUAACCGCCUGCCUCAUUUGUUGUUUUUUAGCUCACCUGUCACAUAGUGACAAGGUGAGCUUUUGUGAUCACCCUUCAUCUGUCGUCAGUCCGUGCGUGCGUCAACAAUUUCUUGUCUGCACGAUAGUGGUUUCAUUUAUGAUUUUAUUUUAACCAAACUUGCACACAACUUGUAUCACCAUAAGAUCUCGGUUCCUUUCUUGAACUGGCCAGAUCCCAUUAUGGGUUCCAGAGUUAUGGCCCCUGAAAGGGUCAAAAUAAGCUAUUUUGACCUUGUCUGCACAAUAGCGCUUUAUUUAUUGAUUUUAACCAAACUUACACACAACUUGUAUCACUAUAAGAUCUUGGUUCCUUUCUUGAACUGGCGAGAUUCCAUUAAGGGUUCCAGAGUUAUGGCCCCUGAAAGGGCCAGAAUUAGCUAUUUUGACCUUGUCUGCACAAUAGCACCUUCAUUUAUGAUUUUAUUUUAACCAGACUUGCACACAUCUUGUAUCACUAUAAGUCAGAUCUUGGUUCCUUUCUUGAACUGGCAAGAUUCCAUUAUGGGUUCCAGAGUUAUGGCCCCUGAAAGGGCCAGAAUUAGCUAUUUUGACCUUGUCUGCACAAAAGCAGCUUCAUUUAUGAUUUGAAUUUAAUCAAACUUGCACAAAACUUGUGUCACCAUAAGGUUUCAGUUCCUUUGUUGAACCGGCCAGAUCCCAUAAUGGGUUUCAGAGUUAUGGCCCCUUAAAGGGCCAAACUUAGCUAUUUUGACCUUGUCUGCACAAUAGCAGCUUCAUUUAUGAUUCGAUUUUAACCAGACUUGCACACAACUUGUAUCACCACAAGAUCUUGGUUUCAUUCUUGAACUGGCCAGAUUCCAUCAUGGGUUCCAGAGUUAUGGCCUCCUUAAGGUUCAAAAUUGGCUAUUUUGGCUUUUGCAGCCAUAUAGAGACUUCAUUUAUGGUUUUAUUUGAUACAAACUUCCAAAAUAUCUUCAACAACAAUAAAUCUUGGAUUCCAUGACAAAUCAGAUCUAGUCGUAGGUUCCAGAGUUAUUUUAUAUAUGAUUACCUCCCCUGAUUGUAAUCAAAAUGGAUUUAUAUCAGUAAGUACUUAUAGGACUUACUUGAAAUUUCAUUAUUGUCAUUAGUUGGACUGAGCCAAUCAGGGUAGAUAACUAUGGACUGAUUUUAUGUCAAAUUACCUCCCUUUAUUUCAAAUUAAAAUGGGUAUAUCUCCAUAACUAAUGAAGAUACUGAUCUGAAAUUUCAUUUAUAUCCACAGAUUUAUUUGGCAGAUCCUUCUUUUGUUCACUUACAAUAAUUUUCUUUUUAAUUACUUCCCUUUUACGUUACUAUAAAUAGCUUAUUUUGAGUAACUUUUUUUAUUAUUGGCCGUAGGGAAAAACCGAGACCUCCAAUUUUUAGGUGUAUUUUGACAUAUCUGUACCUUUUAAGAUUUUUUUUUCUUUUUGGUUAAAUUUCUUCCCUUUGUUGUUCCUGUCCUUUGGACUUAGAUAUUUUUUCUGAGGACCUUCUUGUCCUCAAGUGCAAUGAUAACAGGUGAGCGAUAUAGGGCCAUCAUGGCCCUCUUGUUCCUUUUUUUUUUGAUGUAGCUCAUAGAAAAUUUAAUGCCGCAUAUGCAUAUUUGUUAGCUGUGCUUGCAUGUAGUGCUGUAGAACCGGUAAUAUUUGAGGUAGCUAAAAACCAAAAACAUACCAAACACAGCGAGAAGCCUCAUGAUAAACAUGUUUGUUAGAUAAAAAUGUCCGUUGCCCAUCAUAUUGCAGAAUGAGUAACAUAAAUAUUACUUUCUGAAGACUGUUUUUAAGUCAUAGGUUGUCAACUCUUAUUCGUAUGUUGAGGUUGUAAGUUACUUGUCACGAAUCAAAAUCCUGUAAGAAAACUUCAAAAUUAUUAUUUUCCGUUACUUCUAUUCUGAAAAAUUCAUGAAACAAUUAGUAAUGAUUGGGUAGAAUUUGCAUGAAUAUUCAUGGUUCCACUAGUUGUGUAGACAGUCUAAAAUGCUUAUUUAAUUUUACUUUUAUAUAUUUGUCAAUAUAAACAGAAAAGGUAGUAUAUUUUCUUUAUUAUUCGCAUAGUUACAUUUCCUAAAGGAUUAUAACAUUUUAAAUUGUAACUUAUAUAAGAGUACAGCCUUUCUUUUCCUACAAGAUUAUUACAUUAAAAAUUGUAACCUAUUACAUUAGAGUAAAGCCUGUCUCAAGAAGUUAGUCAAGGAAAGGGAAAAAAUUGACUUUUAUAGACAGGAUGUUGCUUAAAACAGGUUAAUUUACUCAGUAAUGGAAAAUAAUAGGAAAUAGCAUACUUGAGCCACACCAUUAGAAAACCAACAUACUGCCUUUGCGACCAGCAUCAGUGCUGGUCAGGAUCCAUGCUGUUCGCUUUCAAUGCCUAUUGCAAUAUGAGAAACGGUUAGCGAACAGCAUGGAUCCUGACCAGACUGCACAGAUGCGCAGGCUGGUCUGGAUCCAUGCUGGUUGCAAAUGCGCUAUGUUGGUUUUCUCAUGGUUGGGCUCAUAUUGAUGUCAAGUAAACGGUUUAACGGAAAUGCCCUAUUCACUACACAGCUGCUGUGACACAUAUUAAGAAUGUAUUAGUCCCAAAUAUAUAUUUUGAGUUUAUAAACAAAUUACUUAUAGUAUCUAUGUAGACAAAUAAUAACAUGACUGUGUAUUAGGUUAGAAAUAAUGCACAGAUAAUACAUGUAUAUAUAGCUAAGCAGUGUAAAUGGCUGCUAGCUUAAAAGUUUUUAACAAAUGACUGUUGUACACGACAUUUAAUUCUGAAUGUAAGUCUACAAACACAGUUAGUUUAGAUAUAAGUAAAGUUAAAUUUUAAGUUAGUUUUGAAAAAUAAACUGUUUUAGUGAAAAUGUG